GAAACUCUGAGUCGAACUACAAGUUCUCUUAUUUUGUUUUCUCUUUUUCUUUUUCGUUCGAGUUCGAGAUUUCACCUCUUUGUUUCUGUGAUUUCCUGAUUCAGAUUAGGGUUUUAUAAAUUGAAGCUGAAGUUCUAUUUUUUCGUUCUUCUCCCUCUUGAUUCACUUAGAUUUCCCUGAUUUAGGGUUUAGGGUUCCAGUUUUUGUUAUUUCACUCUUUCGAUAUGUAUUCUGAUCGACUGGUUGGUGAAUCUGGAAUCAGCAAAACGUUAAAGAGCCGUCUCAAUGGCGGUUCCGGUCUCAUCGCUUCUGGCGGCAAACAAGUCACUAAGAAGAGAGGAAGGCCAGAUGAUGAUAAGUGGGAGCAUGAUCUUUUCGAAGACGAUGACGACGAGCCUCGGGUUUCAAAUCGCAGAAUUGACCCGAGAGAUCUCCGUUUGAAGCUCCAAAAGAAACAUCAUGGCUUGCAAAGUGAUGGACUCGGACGAGUGUUUAGUUUAAGCGUUGGUGAUCUACGGAAUAGGCUAUCUGGGACUGUGAAUACACAAUCUAGGAAGAGUAAUUUGCCAAAAACUAGAAGGGAGGCGGCUGCUAGACCUGUCGUAAGGAAGGUUGCAGGUGUAACCAAAUCUGAGACUAGAACGGUUCCGAACAGAGCAAUGAAGAAGAAAUCAGAUCAGAUUGAUUAUUCGGUUGAUAGCUUCCUGGAAUCGUUGGGUCUCGAGAAGUAUUCGACCUCAUUUCAAGUGGAAGAAGUUGAUAUGGAUGCUUUAAUGCAUAUGACAGAUGAUGACCUCAAAGCUUUACUCAUACCAAUGGGACCUAGGAAGAAGAUACUUCUUGCUCUGGAAUCUAAACGUGGGUAGUCCAAGCGUCGAGCUAAGGUGCAUGAUGAUACAUCAGAAAGAGUAUCAGAAAGAUGCUGCAUUCGACUUUUCUUUCUCUAUCUGUAUCUCAAGAGACAACAAAGUAGUUAAUGAGUUUUGAGAUUAAGUUGUAACCUUAUAACAUAGAGAGAGAGUGAGACAAGAAGAGCAAUCUUGAUUCUCUUGAUGAAACCUUGUAGAAGCAAAGGGGGACAAGAAAACAAAUUCUUUUAUUUUCUUUUGAUAAAUCAUCUUGGCAA